GUGUUGUUGUGGGGUCCCCCGGAAAGCUGCUUCCGGGUCAAUGCAGGACACUGGGCUCUGGCGGCCGGAGAGGGGGUCGAGGUGAAACGGAGCCGGUCCGGGGCCGGCCUGGAGCAGGCCGGAAGCCGAGCGGCGGCGACGGCGGUGGCCGGGCGGGCGGAGGCGCAGCCCGAGGAGCCGCCGCCUCCCGGGCCGACGGACUUUUCAGAAGAAAAGAUGGACCAGCCUAGUGGGAGAAGUUUCAUGCAAGUAUUGUGUGAAAAAUACAGUCCUGAAAACUUCCCUUACCGCCGUGGCCCUGGGAUGGGAGUCCAUGUCCCAGCCACUCCUCAGGGCUCUCCUAUGAAAGAUCGCCUCAACCUCCCGAGCGUGCUCGUGUUGAACAGCUGCGGGAUCACCUGCGCGGGAGAUGAAAGAGAAAUCGCAGCCUUCUGUGCUCACGUGUCAGAACUCGAUCUUUCUGACAACAAGCUCCAAGACUGGCAUGAGGUCAGUAAGAUUGUGUCAAAUGUUCCUCAGCUGGAGUUUCUAAACCUGAGUUCCAAUCCUCUGAGUCUGUCAGUUUUAGAAAGAACAUGCGCUGGAUCCUUCUCUGGGGUUCGCAAACUUGUCCUCAACAACAGCAAAGCAUCAUGGGAAACAGUGCACACGAUACUGCAGGAGUUGCCAGAUUUGGAGGAGCUCUUCCUGUGCCUUAAUGACUAUGAAACAGUGUCUUGUCCUUCUGUUUGCUGUCAUUCCCUUAAGCUCCUACACAUAACAGACAAUAACCUCCAAGACUGGACUGAAAUUCGAAAGCUGGGUGUAAUGUUUCCUUCCCUGGAUACCCUGGUCCUGGCCAACAAUCACUUGAAUGCUAUUGAGGAGCCCGCUGACUCCUUGGCUAGGUUGUUCCCUAAUCUGCGAUCCAUCAGCCUCCACAAGUCAGGUUUGCAGUCUUGGGAAGACAUUGACAAACUGAAUUCAUUCCCCAAGCUUGAAGAAGUGAGAUUGCUAGGAAUCCCUCUUCUGCAGCCGUAUACCACCGAGGAGCGCAGGAAAUUGGUAGUGGCCAGAUUGCCCUCCGUUUCCAAACUCAAUGGCAGUGUUGUCACGGAUGGCGAGCGAGAGGAUUCUGAGAGGUUUUUCAUCCGGUACUACGUGGAUGUUCCACAGGAGGACGUGCCAUUCAGGUAUCAUGAGCUCAUUACAAAAUACGGGAAAUUGGAGCCUUUGGCAGAAGUGGACCUAAGACCCCAGAGCAGUGCCAAAGUAGAAGUGCACUUCAAUGACCAAGUGGAGGAGAUGAGCAUCCGCCUGGACCAGACGGUGGCCGAGCUGAAGAAGCAGCUGAAGGCUCUGGUGCAGCUGCCCCCCAGCAGCAUGCUGCUCUACUACUUUGACCACGAGGCCCCGUUCGGCCCGGAGGAGAUGAAGUUCAGCUCCCGGGCCCUGCACUCUUUUGGCAUUAGGGAUGGAGAUAAAAUCUUUGUAGAAUCAAAAACAAAAUAACCUCGACCAGCCUUGUAAAAACUUACAUAAGGACUUCCUGCAGGGUGUUUGUUUCCGGCGUGCUUUUCUUUAGGAGGAAGAACAUUUCCAUUUUGUUUUGGGUUUUGUUUAGCUUUGGAGGGGUUUUGUAUAUUUUCUUCCCCUAGAAUGGCUAGGUUUUUGGUAUUUUCUACCAUAGAUUUUUUUCAGCUCAGUUAACAGACAUGGCUGCAUCUCCAGUCUUUAUGUGAGCUCUCUCUCUCUCUUUCUCUCUCUCUCUCUUCUCUCUCUCUCUCUCUCUCUCUCUCUCUCUCUCUCUCUCUCUCUGUCUCUGUCUUUCUCUCUGUCUCUCUCUCUGUCUCUCUCUCUAUUUCUCCCCCCCCCCAAGAUGACAGAGAAAUCACCGACUUCUUACUGUGUCAUUGGGGUUUGUCAGCCACUGGGCUCUUUCCUGCUAAGCCCAAAGACAGCGUGGUCCCUCCGAGGGCUGAUGCACAGAGUUCACAUCCAGAGAUGGGGAUCUUCCCUGGGGGGCGGGGGUGGGGGGGCGGGGAGGUGGGGGAGUGGAGGGGGCCUUCUCUGGUUCUUCCUUCCCUGCCCUCUUCCUCCUCCUGUCCGUUGGAGGUCCGGUUUUCCUUCUGACUUGUAUCCAAUUACCUGGUAGUUUUAUUCUGUUCAUAAUUUAACUUGGUUUUGUUGUCAUUGUUUUGUUUGUUUUCCCCCUCUCAUUCCCAGUUUUAAAUGGUUUUAAGUAUUUUAAGCAUUUUCAGCCUGAUUCUGAUCUCAGGAACUCAGGUUUUACAGAGAAUUGGUGGAGCGUUAAAGCCUGGGAAACUCGACUGUUCUCCUGGAACCCUGGGCCGGGCAUUUUAACCUGGCACUCUGCCUGUUCUGGGCUCCUAAUGCUCAGUGAAUGUUCUUCCUAACAGCUUCAUCAUGUAAGCUAUGGAAAUAAAGGAAGAGUUCUGGGUACGCACUCUUAGCAGAGAAUCGGCUGGUAAGCUGGCCAGGAGCUUGAAGGAAGUGGUGAUGCUGGGGAGAAGUGUGUGCCCUUCCACCCGUGUCAUUCUACUGAGUGAAGCCCUGUCCUUGUGCUCUCUAAAGUGAGAGAUUUUAAUCACAGGGAGCUGUGGGUCCCACCUUUUUCUUGGGACUUUGUGAUGAUGUGAUAAAACAGCUGUUUAUGUUUUGUAUUUUUAUGUCCACGUGAAAUGAAUUUUGCCCAAUCUAGGAGUGAACUUUUAGUGCAACCCCCCAGGUGUUUUUGCAGAGGUUUUUUUUUUUUUUACAGGGUUGUGUAUAAAGCACUUGACCUUUGACACCGCCCCUCACCUACUCUCCUACCCUGAAAUCUUUUUCUUUGGCCUUCCAUUCUUUGUUAACCUGGUUGGUUUUCUUGCAGUUUUUUGUUUUGUUCUGUUCUAGUUUUUGUUUUGUUUUGUUUUGGCUUUUAACAUUUGUUAUGUGAUUCCACCCCUCCUACAAACUUAAUUUCCUGUAAACUCUUUAGUGACCCGUGUGACCUCUUCACGGAUGAGGAGAUGGCUUCUUUAAGUUCCCUCCUCCGCCAUGUGGCAGGUGUUUGUUCUCUCGCCACCGCACUGCACUUCAGGGUCAGCACCUAAAGCUGCUGACCCGGGCCUCGACCGGGGCCUCCCGAGGCGACCCGGGUCUCCCAAGGCUGGCCCGCAUUCACUGCAGCAUUAAGGGUGAAAGCCAAAGGGUUUAGAAAGAUGAAUGAAGCCGGUUCUCCUGCUAUAGACUUUGUCUCAGAAUCCUAAAAAUGAGCAGUGGGAAUCAAGCCGGUAUAGAUGAGGACAGUUAUUUUGCAAUCGCAUUUUCUUGACAGAUUUUUGGAAAUAGACAAAAAAAAAAAAGUGUGGCAACCCUGUCCUGAAGAUGAAGACUGUGGUUGCUUUGUGUACGCGUGUGUGAGUUCCGGGGAGUUUGCAAGAGAAACUGUAAUGGAGACAUUGCUUUGUCAGCCUGGGAAACAGUGGCACUCUUAUUUUUGAACUUUGGAGCCACUAUUGUCCCACGGCAGAAGGCAGAGUGAGCACUUACACUUUGGUCACAAUGAGAUAUUUUAUAUAUGACAGAGUUUUAUGAGAGGCUUUUUUACUCUUUGAAACUCGUAUCUUCUGUUAUUACUCAACAGUGUUUAUCUGCUGCAGGCCUAAUCCUUUAUUACAGUUGCAUGUAAAAGGAGCCUCUCAUCCAAUCCAACUGGCGUAGGUAUUUUUAGGGCAUUGUAAUUGGUGGUUUGAAUCAUUGCCGAAUCAUUUCCAAUUAAGAAAAUCUUAAGUACAAUCCUUGGCCUUUUAGAAUUAACAGAAGUAAAUGAGGAAGCUGUUUGAGCAUGCGUAUUUCCAGAUUCAUUUGGGUGGCUGAGGAAAGAAGCUGGUUUUGAAAUAAAAUCGGUGCUGUGUAGACAUUUAUAACCAAAAUUAUUUUUUAUAACAGACCCAGAAGGAGGCGGGCGGAGACCGCGGACUUUGAGCCUGCAUGUUAUCUGUCAUGCUUGUCUGUAGUUAAUAUUGACUUCAUCAGACGGAGUGGGAACAUACUGUUGACAGUUAGGAGGCGAAAAGCUGACCUCACUGGUCUUACAGAGGUGUGCCUUCCGCACGGCGGGUAGACCAUGCCUUCCUCAAGCAGAAAUUCUUUCCAGUUGUGGGAAAGGAAAGGAGUAACACAAGAAAGCCAAAUCCAAACACAGGGUCCUCCCUGUGGGCAGAGCUGCUGAAGCUGUGUUCCAAAUGGAGCUGCUGGUUUGAGUUGUUGAGAGAUCCUGGAGUGCUUUAAAGGGGCGUUGGGGUCCACAGUUGCCUGUUUCUGCGCCCGUCGCCAUAAAUGCAUAAGAUAGCAGCAGAGAUGGCGCCCUCACUCUUCGAGACCCUCUGGUGAAACUGAGGCCACAUAGCAGAGAGCUGGAAUGCUACCACAGAAAAGGGAGAAGCCACGUACGGGAAGGGAGGGCAGAUGCAGUUCCUGCUGGGAUUUUUUAGCCAUGUCACCCCACCAGCCAUGCUGGGAGCAGAGGACACUUGGUUGUGCAGUAUUGAUCACCAUGGGAGCCUUGCCACCAGUAGCUUUUUCCUAACACACCUGAGUGUGGCUCUCCGCAACACAGCUUAGGCCCCCGGGCAAGUAGAACAUGACUCCAGAAUGCUCUGUAGUUCCAUGUACUGUAAUUUCUGUUUAUGAAUUUCACUUUUCCCUUCAUUUCAUGUAAGACUGAAAUGCAAACUGCUUUCAAGAAUGCCCAGAAGCUCUGUGUCCCCAAAUGUUGUUGUGAACUCUACCGUUUUUCAUAGGUGCUUCCUUAAAAUGUAUGUUUAUUCUAGUGACCGAGAGGGGACUGGACUCUCAGGCCCUUUACAGUUGUCUCCUGCAGUUAAUGGAAAUAUAAAUAUAUAUAUAUAUUUUAUUUUAGAAUAUAAUUUAAACAUGAAGGUCUAUUCUUUGCACUUUUUAUUAAUAUAUAUAUAAAGAGAUAAUCUUUAAAAAAAAAUUAAAACUCCAAGUCCAUUUC